UCAACCAGAGAUUCGAUGUACUUACAGAUGCUAGCAAGUUUCACAUUGAUAAUCAGAGGAACGUCGUUAAACUGAGAUAUUUUCUAGUUACACGGAACAUGAAGCUAAAUGUUUUAAGUACUAACAUUUGGUAGCAAGUUUCACACAUUAUUGAGGAACGUCGUCGUGAAAAUGAGAUAUUUUCUUGUCAGUAACAAAUAAACGGAGGUAUGGGGACUAACAGUUACUAAUAGGUUUCACAAAAUACUGAUUAACGUCGUUAAAAUGGGGUAUUGUCUAGUCAGUAACAAUUAAAGCAUGGGGCUGAAUGUUUUAAGGACUAACAUUUGGUAGUAAGUUUCACUUAUUAUUGAGGAACGUUGUUAAAAUGGAAUAUUUUCUAGUCAGUAACAAUCAAACAGAAGCAUGGGGCUGAAGGUUUUAGCAAGUUUUACACAUUAUUAAUAACUGGUGGACCGUCGUUAAACUUUGGUGAGCCUAAAUCAAUAGACGUGCACAAUUAUGGGUGAUGAAAAGAAAAAGGGGAGCGUUCAGAACAGACUGCCAUUACGACCUGCGAAGAUGGUUGAUAUCUAUGAAGAGUCGGUUACAAUCCAUGGUGUUCCCAAGAUGAUCAAACCACAAUUAUAUUCCUUUAGAAGACCGUUGUGGUCCUUGAUGUUGUUUGGUAUGGUUGGUGGCUUAGCGUUUUUGAUCUACGAAUCUCUUACUAAGUAUUAUGAGUACCCGAUAAACACAGAGACAAGAUUGGAAUUCAAUACCCAAAUACAGUUUCCCACAGUCACCAUCUGUAAUGCUAACCAGUUCCACCUUGGCAGAAUACCCAACGAUCGACAGCUGCAUGAACUUCUAUUCAGCCUUAGUGACGCUUAUCUUCUAGAUGUAGAAUCGGGUGUUGAUGAUGCAUCCGAUGACGACAAUACUACUAAUGACACAAGGACGUAUUCCGGAGAUGAUCUACACGAAUUUGCCCUCAGGGCUGCACAUAGACUGGAAGAUAUGUUCCUAGUUUGCGUGUGGGAGGGUGAAGUGAUCAACUGCGCUGACUACUUUGAAACGGUCAUCACAGAUUUAGGAGUCUGUUAUAGUUUCAAUACUAACACGUCUUCGCCGUUGAUGUCACAUGGUUCAAGUUCAAUAAGUGGAUUAAGGAUAAUGGGGACCGUUGAACAAGACGCAUAUUUUUUCUCAGCAAUGACUUUUGCAGGACUUAAGGUUUUAUUGCACGAAUCAGGGUCGGCUCCAUUGAUGACAUCUAAUGGAUUUGUUGUUAGUCCUGGAACCACCACAUUAGUUAAUGUACGAAAACAAAAAGUAAUUGGUCUCGGUAGCCCUUUUAAAGCAUUCGGGUCUGAUUAUUGUUUGGAUACAAAUCAGAAAACCUUACAGAGAUACAAGGAAUAUAUCUACACACAAGAUACAUGUGAGAUGAAUUGUCUGUUGGAUCAUCUGGUAAAAAACUGUAACUGUCGUAAUAUGUUUGAUAAGGGUACCGAUAAAUAUUGUUCUCUACAAGAAUUAAAUAAAUGUUACAUCCCAAAAAAAGCGGAAACCAAUUAUUCAGCGGUGUUCGAAAAAUGUGACUGUCCAGGCCGGUGUAUCAAAGAACAAUUUCCUUUCGCAAUAUCCGUUGCUGACUUUUCAAACUUCAUGCAAUCCUUUCUUGUGAAUACAGCAGAAAUGCUUUCCAGUGAAUCUGAUGUCAGAGAAAAUGGUUUUGAUUUAAGAAUCUUUUAUGAAUCUUCAACAGUUACAGUCACUGAACAAAAAGCACAGGUUACGGUAGAAACUGUUUUUGGUAAUAUCGGUGGUAACAUGGGAUUAUUUAUCGGAGCCAGUAUUUUAUCAUUGAUUGAACUUGUCGAAUUUCUUGUUGCUUUAAUGGUAAGUUGGCGAGCUUGUCCUAGAUCUGUUAGCGAUGUACAUUAGGAUGAUGAUGAGUUAGUUGUAUUUUACGUCCGCUUCCACCGAGGUGAUAUCGCAGACAAUGUACAUUAGGACGAAGAUCUAGUGUUUAAUAUGGGUAUUUUAUUUGACGUUGACUGAGUCGGCCAGACUGAGUUGUUGUUUAUUACAAAACCCUGGAAAGCCGAAUCGCCUUCCUGUAUUUUGCAAUCUUUCCAUUUGUGGCUUACACUGUCCAAUAAUUUAUAUGUCCAUAAUAUCAUGACUGAGUUUUGUGCUUGUGUUAUUUAUAGUAACAGUACGUAAGCGGGGUUUUGUUUUGGAUUGAAAAACUGUGUUAAAGGAGCUAAAUCUCUAGAAAUGGACACAGCUGGGUCGCAACGCGUAUAAGAAUACAAUAUGAAUGUAUAUAAACUGAUUUACAUUCAAUCGUUUCUGUUGUUACUGUAAUUUCUAAUCAUGAGUUAUGUUCGGCGAAAAACGAGAAGAGUCUUAAUUGAAUGCCAGUCUUUGGCGUCUAGUUAUUUCAGUCUACACCGGUAGUAUUCUCCUACAUGGGAUAUGUUUAUCCUAGUUCAUCGCGUCGCUUAAUACAACUGGCGCUCGAAAGCAUUCUGGCACACGAAUCGCGUGCCAAUUUUAAAAUUUUCAUAUUGUCUUAAAUAUCGGAUAUCAGAAACCCCACGUUUCACGAUAAAAUUAACAACAUCAAUGUUGAUUUAAAUUGACCAAUAAGUCGUGUUUGCAAUGUAAAAGACUGUGGGUAGUUGAAGACUUUGCUCCUUUAAUGUUAACGUCAUUAUCGAGCUGAAUACUGAAUACACAUCGCGGUAAAUCAUAUUGAUGAAUUCCCCAUUGUGUUACCAUUA